GAACCUCCUCUUGUUUGCACAAACUCACUCUCUCCCCAAAAGGACUCGAAAAAGCAAAUUGCAAAGUCUGUGUUUGCACUGCUGGUGUGCGAGCAGCUGAAGGCAUGUGGUUGGGGCAUAGUGUGAAGGUGCUGGCACACCUGAGCAGGGCUGUGGGGAGCAGUCACACAGCGCAAGUCAUGAAGCGGAGUCAACACCAACUGGCCAAGGUGUAUGUGAGCCGUCGGGUCCCACAGGAGGGAGUGAAUUUGCUGCAGGACUCUGGCAUCUGUGAGGUGACGCAGUGGGAUUUUGAUGAAACCGUCCCCAGGUCUGAGCUGCUGAAGCAAGUUGCUGGAGCCCAUGGCCUGUUCUGCUUAUUGACCGAAAAAAUCGACAAAGAACUUUUGGACGCUGCAGGCCCCAAUCUGAAAGUGAUCAGCACUAUGUCUGUGGGACAUGAUCACCUUUCUCUGGAUGAAAUCAAAAAAAGGGGAAUCCGGGUGGGCUACACCCCAGAUGUCCUGACUGAUGCCACCGCUGAGCUCACCGUGGCUUUACUCCUGGCCACAUCCCGCAGACUGAUGGAGGCGGUGGCUGAAGCCAAAAAUGGUGGCUGGGGAACUUGGAAGCCCCUGUGGAUGUGCGGCUACGGACUGAGCAACAGUACGGUGGGAAUUGUGGGACUGGGAAGAAUAGGUAUAGCCGUUGGACAGUGCUUGAAGCCAUUUGGUGUGAAGAAGUUUCUGUACACAGAUUUUGAGCCUAAGCCGGAUAUUGCUGCACAGAUACAGGCCGAGUACGUGCCUUUGGACAAACUGGCUGAGGAAUCUGACUUUGUAACCUUACAUUGUGCCUUGACCCCUGAAACGCAGGGCUUGUACAACAAAGAUUUGUUUUCCAAGAUGAAAAAGACGGCUGUGUUAAUAAACACGAGCAGAGGAGCUGUGGUGAAUCAGGAGGACCUGUAUCAGGCUCUGACCACUGGGCAGAUCGCAGCAGCAGGAAUGGAUGUCACUGUUCCUGAGCCACUGCCCACUGACCACCCUCUCUUCACUCUGAAAAACUGCGUUAUUCUGCCCCAUAUUGCCAGCGCCACCAUCGCGACUCGGACGACCAUGUCCGUAUUGGCUGCCAAUAAUCUCCUGUCGGGCCUGAGAGGUGCACCGAUGCCAAAGGAACUGACGCUGUGAAGCGAGUCGCGAAGCGCAGGAAGACGCCCGUAACUCGGGCGCGACGGUGCGAUGGGCUGCGGACGCGCUGUUCAGCGUUACACCCAAUAAAAGAUGAUCAUUAAUCCUCAUUAAAUAAACCCCAAAGUCUGGGCUUCACCUAAAACACAA